AUGCCUGGUGAUGAAUUUCUCAUUGGCGAAUAUAAAUCUUAUAUGGACCCUGAUAAGUAUGCAGUUGAAAUGGGGUCACUUUGUGACGGGUGUGUGAACCAAUCCCUCGUGUACCACAACCAGUCAAGAGUCGUUUCAGAUGGCAAUAAAAGUAUCCUUGAUCGGAGGAGUUUACGUGCGGAUCUGGGAACAAAACUAGCAACAAGAGUAUGGUCAUCACUUAAGGUCGUUCCAAAGAUGUACGUGAGCCCAGCCCCUAUGACCGAAUGGAUUGUUAGCGACUUUGAUGUUUUAGUUCAUAAAGAUGACGAAGACGGGUGGCUG